UGUUCUCCCGCUCAGGGCCCGGGAUGGCGAUCACCGCAACAGUGCUGAUAUUCUCCUCGCUCCUGCUGAUCGCCAUCUCCCUGAACCCCGAGGACCCCAAUGUGUGCAGCCACUGGGAGAGCUAUGCUGUGACGGUCCAGGAAUCAUAUGCACACCCUUUUGACCAGAUCUACUACACGCGAUGCACGGACAUCCUCAACUGGUUCAAGUGUACCAGACACCGGAUCAGCUAUAAGACGGCGUAUCGGCGAGGCCUGCGGACCAUGUACCGGCGGAGGUCCCAGUGUUGCCCUGGCUACUAUGAGAACGGAGACUUCUGCAUCCCCCUGUGUACGGAAGAGUGCGUGCAUGGCCGAUGCGUUUCCCCGGACACCUGCCACUGUGAGCCCGGCUGGGGAGGGCCCGACUGCUCCAGCGGCUGCGACAGCGACCACUGGGGCCCCCACUGCAGCAACCGCUGCCAGUGCCAGAACGGCGCUCUGUGCAACCCCAUCACAGGCGCCUGUGUGUGCGCCGCAGGCUACCGCGGCUGGCGCUGCGAGGAGCUCUGCGCGCCCGGCACCCACGGCAAGGGUUGCCAGCUGCAGUGCCAGUGCCGCCACGGAGCCAGCUGCGACCCCCGCACCGGAGAGUGUCUCUGCGCGCCGGGCUACACCGGCGUCUACUGCGAGGAGCUGUGCCCACCUGGGAGCCACGGGGCUCAUUGUGAGCUGCGCUGCCCCUGCCAGAAUGGGGGCACCUGCCACCACAUUACUGGCGCGUGUACCUGCCCCCCAGGCUGGACGGGAGCAGUAUGUGCCCAGCCCUGUCCGCCAGGGACGUUCGGCCAGAACUGCAGCCAGGACUGUCCUUGUCACCAUGGAGGACAAUGUGACCAUGUGACAGGGCAGUGCCACUGCACAGCCGGAUACAUGGGAGACAGGUGCCAGGAAGAGUGCCCCUUCGGGACCUUCGGCUUCCAGUGCUCCCAGCGCUGUGACUGCCACAACGGGGGCCAGUGCUCGCCCACCUCAGGCGCCUGCGAGUGUGAGCUGGGCUACAAGGGCCCGAGCUGCCAGGAGCGGCUGUGCCCUGAGGGCCUGCACGGCCCAGGCUGCACCUUGCCCUGCCCCUGUGAUGCCGACAACACCAUCAGCUGCCACCCAGUAACCGGAGCUUGCACCUGCCAGCCGGGCUGGUCUGGCGGCCACUGCAACGAGUCCUGCCCUGCUGGCUACUACGGCGAGGGCUGCCGGCUGCCUUGCUCCUGCCUGAACGGCGCAGACUGCCACAGCAUCUCUGGGGGCUGCGCUUGUGCCCCGGGCUUCAUGGGAGAGGUCUGCGCAGUGCCCUGUCCAGCAGGGACCUACGGCUCCAACUGCUCAUCCGUCUGUAGCUGUAGCAACGGUGGCACCUGCUCCCCAAUAGAUGGCUCCUGUGCCUGCAAGGAAGGGUGGCAGGGCCUCGACUGUGCCCUGCCGUGUCCCAGCGGGUCGUGGGGCCUGAACUGCAACAAGAGCUGCACCUGUGCCAACGGGGCAGCCUGCAGCCCUGCAGACGGCACGUGCUCCUGCCCCCCCGGCUGGCUGGGAGACACCUGCGGCCUGCCCUGCCCGGAUGGCACUUUUGGGCUGAACUGCAGUAAGCGCUGUGACUGCAGCCAUGCUGACGGCUGUGAUCCUGUCACAGGCCACUGCUGCUGCCUGGCCGGAUGGACAGGCAUCCGCUGCGACAGCACAUGUCCACCUGGUCGCUGGGGCCCCAACUGCUCUGUCUCCUGCAGCUGCGAGAACGGGGGCUCCUGCUCCCCAGAGAAUGGGAGCUGCGAGUGUACCCCUGGCUUCCGGGGACCUUUAUGCCAGAGAAUCUGCCCCCCUGGGUUCUAUGGCCACAGCUGUGCCCAGCCCUGCCCCCUCUGCGUGCACAGCAGCGGGCCCUGUCACCACAUCAGCGGCGUCUGUGAGUGCCUCCCUGGAUUCUCAGGAGCCCUCUGCAACCAAGUGUGUGCUGGAGGGCACUUUGGGCAAGACUGUGCCCAGCUCUGCUCCUGUGCCAACAACGGGACCUGCAGCCCCAUUGACGGCUCCUGCCAGUGCUUCCCUGGAUGGAUUGGGAAGGACUGCUCACAGGCCUGCCCACCCGGAUUCUGGGGCCCCGCCUGCUUCCACACAUGCAGCUGCCACAACGGGGCGAGCUGCGGCGCCGAGGACGGGGCCUGCCACUGCACCCCGGGCUGGACUGGACUCUUCUGCACCCAGCGCUGCCCAGCGGCGUUUUACGGGAAGGACUGUGGGCGCGUGUGCCAGUGUCAGAAUGGCGCCAGCUGUGACCACAUCAGCGGCAAGUGUACCUGCCGCACGGGCUUCACCGGCCGCCAUUGCGAGCAGAGGUGUGCGCCAGGAACCUUUGGCUACGGGUGUCAGCAACUAUGUGAGUGCAUGAACAAUGCCACCUGUGACCACGUCACUGGCACCUGUUACUGCAGCCCUGGAUUCAAAGGCAUCAGAUGUGACCAAGCUGCCCUCAUGAUGGAGGAGCUGAAUCCCUACACCAAGAUCAGCCCAGCGCUGGGUGCAGAGCGGCACUCAGUGGGUGCUGUCACGGGCAUCGUCCUCCUGUUGUUCCUCCUUGUGGUGCUGCUGGGCCUGUUCGCCUGGCGCCGGCGGCGGCAGAAAGAGAAGGGCCGUGAGCUGGCUCCCCGUGUGUCUUACACACCCGCCAUGAGGAUGACCAGCACUGACUACUCCCUCUCAGGUGCUUGUGGAAUGGAUAGACGUCAGAACACAUACAUUAUGGACAAAGGCUUCAAAGAUUACAUGAAAGAAUCCGUGUGCAGUUCUAGCACUUGUUCCUUGAAUAGCAGCGAAAACCCUUACGCCACAAUUAAGGACCCGCCCAUCCUCACCUGCAAGCUUCCAGAAAGCAGCUAUGUAGAAAUGGAGUCACCUGUGCACAGGGGGUCUCCGUACACAGAUGUGCCAUCCUUGUCGACAUCUAAUAAAAAUACAUACGAAGUUGAGCCCACAAUCAGUGUGGUCCAAGAAAGCCGCAGUUGUAACUCCAGCUAUAUCCAGAAUCCAUACGACCUCCAUAACAACAGCGAUAUUCCUGGUCAUUAUGACCUCCUCCCAGUAAGACAGAGCCCUGCCAAUGGGCCCUCCCGGGACAAGCACUCUUAAAGAGGGAUAAGCUUCCCUCUUGCAAUGUAUUCUGCUGAAUAUUCUCUGACUCUCUGAAAGAAGACAAUCCUCUGACUUGAAAUAAUGGUAUAGACUCCAACUGCAUGUUAGUUGUUACUUUCACCUGGAACUAAAGAAGAGUUUCCAAGUGGGACUGGGGUAAUCGUUCAAAGAAAUCUGUUCACAAAGGCAAACCCUAUCACCUACCAACCCCAGACCCCAGAUGCCCUGGAUUAUGGUUUCUAAAACAUUAAAGGUACAACUACUUAUCAACAUCAGCUAAAUAUAUAUAUAAUUAUCUGAAAUAUGAUGCUUAGAAAGCAUGUAGGUUUUACAAACCUUCCUAGGGGGAAAGGGGGACUGGGGAAGGGACAGAAUUACUUUACAGCACCUGAAAAGUAUAUGUACUUUUGGUUGCUAUUACCAUCAACAUCUGUUUUAUGACCUAAAAUAAUCAGUACCUAGACAUGAGCUAUGCUAAUAUCAAUACUUAAUUUACCUGUGCAUAUAUGUCUGCUCCAUCAGAUUGUAAUGGCCAAGACUACAGAGUUCAGUAUAUAGUCUAAUGCUGACAACUUCAAUUUUUACAAAUAAGACUUCAAUAAAUAUAAAUUAACUUUUUCUCUUCACCACUGUUUUGGUAAUAGGCAAAAAAAAAAAAAAUGUUUCCAAAGCAGCAGUUUCUAUCUACAAUAAUGAUUUCUAGGCCAGCUUUAUCAAAUCCCGCCAAUUCAAAGGUCAAGAACAUCGCAAGUCAGCCCUGGCCUUGUCUGAUCUCUUUAAUCCACCCACCACCUGAGUCAUGCCAUGUGCAAUAGAGCACUGAGACAAUGCUUUAUGUAAGCACUCACAGACUGAUAAGAAUUAAGUAUCAAACAGCUACUUGGCCUCCCCAGUUUAUCAGGAUGGCAUUCCUUGACUCGGAAGAGUACUUGUUUUCAAGCAGUUCUUCGUAAAUCUUGAGCUUCACAUAGUAUGGAAACUGAAACUAUAGAGGAUGAGACAGAUGUGGAUACAGCGAGUUUAAGUCGCUUAAAGUACAUUAUGCUUUUUAAUAGAACUAAAUGAAAUUAUCAAACAAAGAAUGGACUGUAACCAGUUGUAAUGUGAUGUAAAAACUUAAUAGUAAACAAACAGAUCUAAGGAUAUCAAGUGCUUCUACCUUAUACCUUAAAAUCACCACCUACUGAGAUGGUCGAAAAUGUAUCACAAUGAGUUAAUGCUCCAGAUCCCAGCAUUCAGAUGUGUCUAUACUUUCCGCUACAUAUGGACACAGGUAAACUGUGGCUCAGACGAGUCAAAAUGGAUUCAAUCCCCCAGCCCUAAAGAGGACCUCUUCACAAAAAUUAAAGACCAAAAGAAGGGCAAACCAAGGAAGCUAGUGACCACCUCUGUACCACUCCAUUCUCUGACACCAGUCCAACCAGUAAAAAGUACUUCCAAAAAGGUAUACGGGAGAGGAACUAAAUGACUGCAAAGCUAGACUAGCUGCUACAGGAACUAUGGGAGUUGUGAAGCCCUUGAGAUAAAUUGGAAGUCUGCCAUGGAACCCAUUAGGUUGCGUAAAAACAAAAAAAACCAAAAAACCAAACCCGUUGCCAUCAAGUUGAUUCUGUCGAUUCUGACUCAU